AUGCAAUGGUGGACCAUCACCCUUCUCAUCUGCUCAUAUGGCGUAUUAAAAGCCUUCCGCCCAUCCGAGCCAUACCUAUACCAAUAUGAGCAUGAAACCCUCAACAUCUCGGAAAAAGACCUUGAAGGAAAAGUCUACCCAUUAUGGACGUAUUCCUAUAUGGCAUUCCUGGUCCCUGUCUUCCUCCUAACUGAUUUACUUCUAUAUAAACCAGUAGUAGUCCUCGAAGCCAUUGCAUAUGUCACUUGCUGGGUGUUAUUUGUAUUCGGGCGUAAGGGAAAUGUCUUGAUCCAGCAGUUAAUCGAGGUCAGCUACGGUGUGGCCACAGCUACAGAAAUUGCAUAUUACGCCUAUAUUUAUAUAAAAGUUGACAAGGAGCAGUAUAAGAAGGUCACUUCUUAUACACAUGCAGCAUUGUUGAUUGGAAAAUGCUUGGCAUAUUUUUUGGCUCAGUUGUUAAUCGCCACCAAAUGGACAAAUUACAAAACAUUGAAUUGGAUAUCGCUUGGCUCCCUUUGUCUAGCCUUUGUAGUUUCCGUAAUAUUACCUAUGGUUUCCUGGCGUACGGCAUACCAAAAAUUGCUAGAAAUGAGGAUGGAAGAUGAAAAACCUGCUCCUUUGGUGUUUGAUGAAGUUCCAACGUAUCCCCGUUAUGUCAGAGCUCAUUUUUCACGCUGGUUUAAGGAGCUAAAAGGUAUCUACAGCCAAUCAUUUCUUGUGAAAUGGUCAUUAUGGUGGGCGAUGGCUAGUUGCGCGUAUUUUCAGGUUGGAAAUUACUCACAAACACUGUGGGGUAGUGUUCACGGGAAGAAGGUGUGGAAUGGAAUAACAGAAGCAAUUUGUCCUUUAAUCGCAAUUCCUGUUGUGCUAUUAAUGCAAAAAGUCGAAGUCGAUUGGAAGAAAUGGGGCGAGCUUUUCCUGUGUCUAAUGUCACUGAUUGACGGCGCACUAUUGGCUAUUGCUUCCCAGACGUCUAGUAUUUAUUUAAUAUUUAACCUAGCUUCUCGAAUACGGGCUACAUCAACGGCUUUGGUAUUUGGUUUGAAUACCUUCGUGGCACUCGUGAUGCAGUCUAUUUUGACAGCCAUAGUGGCCGAUCAGCAUGGCUUGGCGCUUGACAUCCGGCCACAGUUUGUGGUCUACGCAUGUUUUCAUGGGGUGAUCGCUGUCAUCUUUUCGGGGCCGAUAUUCUUGAAGAUUAUUCGAUGGUCAGCAAGGUUUCGGAGU